CAUAACUUUACUUUACCAAUCCACAGUUAGGAGAGGCAAAGCAAUCGGUCGCUACUUGGAGAAGAAGUUUUCUUGAGAGAGAGGAAGAAAAAGAAAAUGGAGUCUUCGAAGGCUAUUCCCCAUGAAAUCGGAGGGAUCCAGAACGAUGCCCUUCGAUUUGGACUUCAAGGCGUGAAGAGCGAUCUUGUCGGAUCUCAUCCCGUUGAAUCCCUUUAUGAAACUACAAGAAGAACACAAGAGGAAAUGAAAAGGAAAGUUCUUGUGAAUACAUAUGGUUCUGCAUUUCCACUGAAGAUGGAUUUGGACAGGCAAAUUCUUUCUAGAUUUCAAAGGCCUCCUGGGCCAAUUCCAUCUUCAAUGCUGGGAUUGGAGGCUCUUACUGGAAGCUUGGAUGACUUUGGCUUUGAAGAUUAUCUGAAUGACCCAAGGGAAUCUGAAUCAUUGAGGCCAUUGGAUAUGCACCAUGGAAUGGAAGUCCGCCUUGGUCUGUCCAAGGGACCAGUUUGUCCAAGUUUCAUGUAAUCUAAUCUUAAGAGGAUCCCAUCAAACACCACAAUUUCAUUAUGGGUUCUCAGUUUACCCAUAAUUUUGUUGACCUCUGUUUGUUUGUUGGUCAGGACAUCUUGAGUUGAACUCUCUUAGCUUCAUUAGUCAACAUCUUUAUCUGAUUUCUUAUAAAUUCGUCAAACUUUACCUUUUGCCCAAGUGGGUGUUGUGUUAGAUUAUCGAUUGACAUAAAAGCUUUAAAAUUAACCGGUCAAGGUAAAA